CUCAUUUGUUUCCUAGAUUGGUUUGCAGCUCUCUACUUCAAGGAUGCUUGAGACCAACUCACCACUAGUACCUCUCAUUUAUGAAUAGCCAUAUGGAUCGAAUUUUCUCUGGUAUUCAGCCAACUGGGAAGCUCCACCUUGGUAACUACUUUGGAGCCAUCCAGAACUGGGUGAAGCUUCAGGAAGAGUACAGCUCUAUGCUAUACAGCAUUGUAGAUCUGCAUGCUCUCACAGUUCCACAAGAGCCAGAAAUCUUGCGUCAGAACAUCCUGAACACCACUGCUACGCUCCUUGCCUGUGGUAUCAACCCAGAGAAGUGUCUCCUUUUUCAGCAGUCACAGGUGCCUGAACAUGCAGAACUCAGUUGGAUUCUUGGGUGCUUAACCAGUAUGCCACGUCUACAAUGCUUUCCCCAGUGGAAGGUAAAGAAUGCCAGCCAGAAUUAUGAAGGAACUGUUGGUCUGUUCACUUACCCUGUGCUUCAAGCUGCCGAUAUUCUGCUGUACAAGUCAACACAUGUUCCUGUUGGAGAAGAUCAAGUCCAGCACCUGGAACUGACUCGAGAUAUAGCACAACACUUUAACAAGAAAUAUGGAAACUUCUUUCCUGUCCCCAAAGCUAUUUUAAGUACAACAAAGAAGGUAAAGUCUCUCAGGGAUCCAACAGCCAAGAUGUCUAAGUCAGACCCUCAGAAGUUAGGCGCACUCAACGUCACAGACAGUCCUGAGGAGAUUGUUCUGAAAUUCCGCAAGGCUGUGACUGAUUUCACCUCUGAAGUCACCUAUGACCCAGAUUCUCGUCCGGGUGUCUCCAAUAUGGUGGCCAUUCAUGCUGCAGUAACAGGACUCAGCAUAAAGGAAGUGGUGCACCAGUGUGUUGGUCUUGACACUGCUCACUUCAAAGGGGUAGUGGCAGAGGCAGUUAUUCAGAAAUUUGCACCAAUCAGGACCGAAAUUAAGAGGCUCCAGGAGGACAAAAGCCACUUGCAGAAGGUUUUACAGGCUGGAGCAGAGAAAGCCAAAGAACUAGCUGCCCCUGUGUAUCAGGAAGUAAGGAGAGUAGUGGGGUUUCACUAGAACCUUCUGAAUAGUUGCAAAUUCUCUAAUUCCCUGAGAUAUAGCUUUUGUUCAUCAUCUCCCAUCUCAGAGGCUGAGAGAGAAUUUUCUUUGUUUUGGAAAACCAGAAAAGAACAAUCAAAGAUGAUUUUCCAUGUGAUUAUCACACCAUCCAGUGGAAUCGGGCUCAAGCCAUUGAAAGGCACACGGAAGCACAAUUUCCAAACAAAACUCACAAAACCAGAACAGUCAAGCUGACCAAACUGCCUAUUUUCAUAGAGCAACAUAAAAAGUUGAAAUAAAAGCCAGGGUCAUUGGGAUGUCAGAGUUGUUGCAUUCCUGAUUGUGCCAGCAGGAGAGGAAAUCACAGGCUUCAUAAAAUUCUUCCCUCUUAUGUGCAACCUCCUAGAGAAAGACAGCUGUUUCAUAAAGUCCAGUGGCACUAUGCUGAAUGUGGUGGCUGAAUGUCCCCAGAAUAGAAGUAUGUACUAGAGACCUGGACUGCCCAAGACAUUGAAAAUGGAGAAGAGAACCUUGCACCACUUGAUCCCCACUUAAAUACAGCUGACUUUGGUAAUGGAAAUGAGUGGGACUCUAUCCAUUUCCUGACCUAUACAUGUCCAUGUUUCAGAAACCAUCAUGACCAUUGGAACUCUGCCUCUCUUUGGCAGUAUCAACAAAUAAUUCAUGGAAUAAAUGGAACCUGUGCCCUAUAUCCUGAACUGCCCACUCACUUCUAGGUCAUUGUAGUAGGCCAGGCUAGGAUCCGUUGGCAGGAGCUGUCUGCGUUGGAAAGCUUGCUCUGUGGCUGCCCUUUUUGUAGCGAUGCUGUAGAUAAGCAAAGGGGCCAGCACUGUCAGUUCAGCACCAGUUACAA